AUGGCUGAUAAAGGGACGAGUGCACUCGAUACCAAGAAUGGGCACCCUGUGAUGCAGAAUGAUAUUAAGACACUAAUCUCGAACACACUCGACAAAAAUCGGUAUUUAGAUCGACUUCUCUUUUUUGAUGAUGUCGAACCGAUGAAGUUAUUGAAGUACCAAAAGACGGAUAGGUGUUACAACUUCAUUCCCGCGAAGGCGAAGAGCUUUCAGUGUUUGAAUUGUUCUGAAGGGCGGUCGACGCAGUACAUCGUCUGUCAAGAGUGUGAAGUGUAUCAUCGCAAAGCGGGGCAUUUGCUUUUAGAGAACAAAGGGAAUGACGUCGACUUCUGUCGUUGUGGUGAUUUCAUGUUUGAUGGGGGUCGUGUAUGUCCUUGUCAGUUACACACGACGAAUUGUUUAGAUAAGAAGUGUUUAGAGACUCGGGAUGAAGAGACUUUAAAGCAGAUCUUAAGUGAAGAUGAGUACACUGAUUAUAUCGAGAAGAAAGCGAUUGAUCGGAACGUCGAGAAGACCUUUAAGAAGCUUGGACUCGUCGCAAAGUUCACAGUCCCCGAGAUCGUCAAACUAGUCUGUGUAAAAAUGGCUGAGAUCUUGAACGAGAACUCCGACAAUGACACAGAAAUGUUCGUCUACCACGUCGUUCGUUGGUUGAACAAAAUCGUUUCCUUCCAGCCCGUCAGAGAUGUGAUGAAAAGUGUUUUACUUGAAAGUGUCGAUAUCGAAAAGCCAUUUUUACUCACUGAAAUGCUUGACGAGACGGUCUUAGUCAAACACGCGAAGAGGUACAAAGUCACUCGAGUCGCCAGCGAACUUGAAAAUGUGGAAACCUCAAAGAAUUUAAAGAUCUGUGUGACGGUGCAUGACAUCUUCUUGAACUUCUGUGUGUUUAAUAAGCUCACGAGUACAUAUACAGCGCGUUUACUGUAUUUACUGAUGGACGACAACACACUUCAGACGUUUGAGGCUGCGUAUAGGAAAGUCUUUGGGAGCAUUCCCGUGUAUGGGACAUUACUGCCGAAAUUGUUUCCACCGAUGACGGAGAGGUACAAGCCGUCAGAUUUAGUCCCACACUUUUUAAACACGACGAUAGUCUUGUUGAGGAAUAACAAGACGUUUGAGUCGAACGAGGUCCACGUCUGUCUGUCGUAUUUUAUGAGCUCGAAAGACGUCGUCGAGGCGAUUGUGAACGACAAGGAGAACUUGAAAGACUUCAUCGAGUUUGCGGACACCAUGACGAUGUACCCGACGCCGGAGAGUAAGAUCACGCGGACGAUAGCGAAGCAGUUUGAUAAAUUCUUUUUGAGUGUUUUUACGAAGAUUCGGAUGUUUAGUACCGUUGAGUUAGAAGACGAGCGGAAGGUAGUUGAGAUCAAUAGAGAGGCGGUGAAGAGUGCAGCGAACAAAUUGCGGAAGAAGCUGAGUGGGAAGAUCGACUUUUUGAAGAAGGUCAUUCUUGGCUUGGACGAUAAGACGGAGGUCAAUUUUCAAUUAUUUCCGACGCAAUUUUACUUGAUUAAUAUUGUGGGGUUUGCGGGACAUUUAAUUAAUGCGAGUAAGGCGUUACCAACGUCGGUACGGAUCAAUGAGAGUCCACUGAAGUAUUUAGGGUUUGGGGAUGUCACCGAUAAGAGGAAUUUACUUGAGACGUUAGUGUUGAUCUAUUAUAUAGGGAGGAAGAGGGACUUUGAUGUCUCUUUGAUUAGUUUGAAGCUCAACAAAGAACAACAAGAGGAGAUCGAAGACUUCUUUGGGGAGAUUAAAAGCCCAUUACUAACAUCAACGGUGUUACAUACAGUGCAACUGUUUCCACCGGAAGAGAUCUCGAACUUCAUGAGACGGACGGAUGUUGUGUUCUUUCAGAAUGAGAACGAACGAGUCAAUCAAAUCAUUCGGAUAGAAUUCCUCAAUCUGUAUUUAGGGUUUAGUCGGUUCAGCGGCAAAGAAACGAGUCUUGGGGAGUACAUGAGAUACCUUGGGAUCAACUAUACGUUCUGUCCAAUCAUCUCUCUUCAGAACAAAGACGUCAUCGAUUAUAUCAAAGACCAUCAACAGCACACGGAAGUGCAACAACAAGAAGACCUUCGUCGGACGGGGAUGAGCUCGCGAGUACUGUCGCAAGUAUUAGUGACUUCGGUGAGUGACGGGAGGGUGUCUGUGCAUCAUGGGAAGAAGAGUGAGAAGCGGAAGAGUGUGAUGACGAGUUUAAAAGAAGCUGCGAAGAAGAGCAAAGUGCCCAAAAGUAGUCAGCCGGUGAUACAAGACGUGAAAGAGAAGACUUCUGACUUGUUCUUAUCGACGCAAGAGCAUUUGUUACGGAUAGAGAACACUGACUUUGAGGUCUUGUUCUAUAGAAAAGUGAAAGAAAUGAAGAAGACGAUGACCGUGGAGGAGUACGAGAAGAUCAAAGGUGAUUGGAAGAUAGAGCAGAACACGUUAGUAGUGUUAGGAGAGCCGAAUUUGACGAGUGUGAAUGUCCCUGUAGAUUUUGAGAAUGGGAAGGUGGUGUAUAAUGACGUGGACUACUUUUUUGCGUUCUUGAAUGAUACGUAUUCGGUGGCGUUUAGGAAACAAAUGAUUGGAGAGUGCUUGGUCGACCCUAUUUCAAAGGGAGACUUCAACGUCUUCUUCUCAUUCUUUGCGCCGCCGUAUGAAAGACAACAGAAGGUGCCGGUGUGUCAGAACGACGCGAAGACGUUGCUCACGCACGACAAUUUUAAACAGUUUUUUGAUUACAAGAAGGUCAAUAUGAGGAACUACCCCCACUACUUCAGACUUGCAUUUUAUAUCUUGAGGAACACACCACAAAUGAAGGAAAAUGCAUUUAAAAUGGUUGCGGCGUGCUGCGGGUACUUCUUUUGGGACCUCAUGCACUUCAUCCCUUACCCUUUGGUCGAAAAGUUGUUUGACUUCGUUUACAAGAAAAUCGAACUCUUCGGGUCAGUACAAACAGAAGGCACAAAAUUGGGAGUCACAUACCCUACUAAAUUCUUCUUGGAAACUUUCGACGUGAGACCAUGCGAGGACGACGUGUUCAUUAAACAUAUCGAACAAAAGGUAAAGCUCCUGGCGGGCUUUGAAAAGAAGGGAAAAUGGUGA